UGCAGAUGGGGAAACUGAGGCCUAGAGAGGUCAAGGCUGAGGAAUGGGAUGGGAGCGUGAGUGAGGAGGGUGAUCGCAGGACCUGUAUACAGGAAGCCCUCGGUCUGGGCCAGCCACAGUCUUGGUUGGCCUGAGUGGAGGGGGGUGGCGCCUGGAGCCAUCUGGACGGGGCUGUACCAGCAGGGGUCCAAGCAGCACCUGGAGCUCGGAACCAGAACCCGGAACCCAUCUGGACUCUGGUGCCUGGUAGCUGGCUGUGGCCAAUCGGAGGCCGGGAAUGCCCCGUCCCCCUGCUGUGUUUAUGAAGCAAUAAUCCAAGGUCUUCCCCAGGAGGUGGGGUCAGGAACCGCAUGUUUCUUUGUGGCCCAGACUGGCGGGGGCCACCUUCAGACCCUCAGGAGUUCAGUGCAGGGUGACCCUGCUUCCCAGCCUCCCGGAGGGCAGACAGAGGGGGGGCGGAUGGGGAGAGCACCAUCUACCACCUCCAGGGAGGCUUCCAGGUCUCUGGAAACCCGUGAAUGAGCCAGACACCAGCCGCCGUUGCCCGGUGCCUGGCGUGAGAAGGAGGCACCGCUGGCAUGCCCUCAGCCUGAGCACGGCGGCCCCCGCCCCCACCCCCCGCCACCCUGCACUGUCCCGGCUCCCCUGAGGCCCCCACACUGCAGUGCGGCCAGGCCCCCUCCCCGCAGGGGCCGCCCCUGCCGCCCACGUCUGGUGCCCGGGGCGGCCCGGCCCGCAGGGCCAUGAAGCUGCAGGCGGUGAUGGAGACACUCCUGCAGCGGCAGCAGCGGGCACGCCAGGAGCUGGAGGCCCGGCAGCCCCCACCGCCCCUGCCGCCCGAGCUGCCUGCCGGCCCCCCGGCACGGGCCAGGGCUGCCCCGGACGAGGACAGAGAGCCAGAGAAGGCCCGGAUGCAGCGGGCCCAGAUGGCCGCGCUGGCCGCCAUGCGGGCCGCUGCUGCGGGCCUCGGACACCCGCCCAGCCCCGGCGGCUCUGAGGACGGGCCCCCCGGCCUGGAGGACGAGGACACGGCCCGGGAAGGGGCGCCAGGCUCACCUGCAGCCCCGGGCCGAGGCCGGGAGGCACCAGGACGUGCCGAAGGUGAUGAGCACUUGGAGGACGCGGGCUCCGACGGCGACCUGAAGCCAAAGUGGGAGGAGGAGGAGGAGGAGGAGGAGGAGGAGGAGCUGGAGGAAGAGCUGGACGAGGAGGAGGAGGACGAGGAGGAGGAGGACGAGGAGGAGGACGAGGACGAGGAGGCGGAGUACGAGGACGAGGAGGGGCUGGGGCCCCCGGGCUCUUCCGGCCUGGGUUCCGCGGCUCUCAUCCCCCGCAGGGCCCCGCCGUCCCAGGCUUUCCGGGGUGACGGCGGGCCCCGGGUGCUGGGCAGCCAGGAGCGCCCAGGGGCCGGCCUGGCCCACGCUGGAGGGGCCGCCCACGUGGCGCCCCAGCUGCAGCCGCCAGACCACGGGGACUGGACGUACGAGGAGCAGUUCAAGCAGCUCUACGAACUGGACGGGGACCCCAAGAGGAAGGAGUUCCUGGACGACUUGUUCAGCUUCAUGCAGAAGCGAGGGACGCCCGUGAACCGCAUCCCCAUCAUGGCCAAGCAGGUGCUUGACCUGUUCAUGCUGUACGUGCUGGUGACGGAGAAGGGCGGCCUGGUGGAGGUCAUCAACAAGAAGCUGUGGAGGGAGAUCACCAAAGGCCUCAACCUGCCCACGUCCAUCACCAGCGCUGCCUUCACCCUGCGGACCCAGUACAUGAAGUACUUGUAUCCCUACGAGUGUGAGAAGCGCGGCCUCAGCAACCCCAACGAGCUGCAGGCGGCCAUCGACAGCAACCGGCGGGAGGGCCGGCGCCAGAGUUUCGGGGGCUCCCUGUUCGCCUACUCGCCGGGCGGGGCCCACGGCAUGCUGUCCUCGCCCAAGCUGCCCGUGCCCUCCCUGGGCCUGGCCGCCAGCACCAACGGCAGCUCCAUCACCCCGGCCCCCAAGAUCAAGAAAGAGGAGGACUCAGCCAUCCCUAUCACGGUGCCCGGCCGCCUGCCGGUCUCCCUGGCGGGUCACCCUGUGGUGGCCGCCCAGGCGGCAGCGGUGCAAGCGGCGGCGGCCCAGGCGGCCGUGGCGGCCCAGGCGGCCGCCCUGGAGCAGCUUCGGGAGAAGCUGGAGUCUGGGGAGCCGCCUGAGAAGAAGAUGGCCCUCGUGACUGAGGAGCAGCAGCGGCUUGUGCAGCGGGCCCUGCAGCAGAACUUCUUGGCCAUGACGGCCCAGCUGCCCAUGAGCAUCCGCAUCAACAGCCAAGCCUGCGAGAGCCGCCAGGACUCGGCUGCGAACUUGACCAGCCCCAAUGGCAGCAACAGUAUUAGCAUGUCGGUGGAGAUUAACGGGAUCAUGUACACAGGAGUGCUGUUUGCUCAGCCACCGUCCGCUCCCAGCAAAGGCGGUGGUGGUGGCAGCCGGGGAGGGACCAGCGGGACCAGCAGCAGCAGCAGCAGCAGCAGCACGGGCAGCCAGGCCGGGCCGGCGGGCUUGUCCACACCUGCCACGUCUUCUACCUCAAAUAACUCAUUGCCUUAACCGCACCACUCCCCACCUGCCACCCCCCGCCCCUGCCUGGGUGGGGGGUUGAGGUGGGCCACGCAGGGGCCGGGACGGCGGAAGAUACGGGUGGGGAGGGGAGGUAUCCACAAAGGAGCCACAGCUAACGCCAAAAAGAAAAGAAAAAAAUAUAUACAUAUAUAUAUAUAAAGAAAAUUUAAUAAAACAGGGGAAAACCAAGGAACACUUGAAUUACUCAGGUUUCGGACAUUCAGAGACAUGAAUUGUGAGAACAGCAAAGGAAAUCGGAAAAGAGAGAGGCAUAUGUCUCCUAGGCUUUCCUGCAGCCCUGCCGGACCGACCGACCGACUGGGGUCUGGGGUCUGGGGUGUGUUUGGACCAGUUGCCAUGGGAGGCCAAUCCUGUUUACCUCAUACAUCUCUGCACUGUGUGUUUUCAUUUUUGUCUGUUUUUUUUUUUUUUUUUUUGCCUUUUUUUUUUCCCAUUCAUCACACACCACACCCAGCUCCUUGUGUUGAAUGAAACCCCUGAGCCACGAUCAGUAGAGUUUUUUUUCUCGUUGCUUUUUGGGAACUUUUUUUUUUUUUUUUUUAAGAAACAGUGAUACUCAAACUCUAUAGGGUUUUUAAGAGGUUUCGGGGUUUUGUUUUGUAAAUAAUCUAUUUUAUUCUUGGGGGAGGAAUCAAACCUUAGGAAAAGGAUAUAUAUAUAUAUAUAUAUAUAUAUCUAUAUAUUUGUGUUCAUUCAGGGAAACUGGACUUGAAAAUGCAAAAAAAAAAAAAAAAAAAAGAAAAGUAAUACCCUUUUUAUUUUCCCAUAACUGAUUCGGGUUCCUUGUGCGUUUCCUGUAGCGCAGUGGGCAGCUGGCAGGCCCAGAGCCAGGAGAGGUGAUGAACUCAGGUGCUACGGGGGGUGGGGGGGUGGGGGCGGGCGUGAAUUCAGACCGGUGACCGGCGAGGCGACCGUGACAUCCGUGGUCCUGUCUGCUCGCUGUGCUUUUCGUGCUGGUGCUGCAGAGGCCGGAAGUCUUAAGUAGAAAGCGCAGGGUGAAGGACCUCGGCGUGGGAGGGGGCUCCCUCCACCUGUCCAGCCCCCGGGCUCCUGUCUCAGGGAUGAAUGUGGCCUGGGGGCUCCCGAGUGAAAGGGCUACUCCGGGAGAUUAUCCAUACUGGGGACGGGGUGAGCCGGGCUUAGCUCAGGGCGAGGUUUUUGGGGCCACGGCAUCCUGAACCCCCCCCCCCCCCACAAUUCUCUUCUCCUUAACUGUCGCCUUUUUCUCUCUUGGCCCCUUUUGCUUGGGGCCACACCUCCCUGCAGGAACUAAAGUAACUGAAUGGAGACCACACCAGGUCCCCACACGCCCCGUCCUCCUGGUUAGAAGGUGGGUGUCGGGGGGGGGGGGCACCGCUGGAGGGAGGGGGUUAUUGCAGUGGCUGGUGAUGGGCCUCAGGAGGCGGCAGUGUCUGCCCCAGGCGGGUCUGGGGACUUUCUUGGCUGCCCUGCCGUCCCGUGUCCCCGUGGACCAGGUGGCGUUGGGUAGUGUUUUCACAUGGUGCGGGAUUUUCGUUUGGGGAGGGGGUGGCUGGGCUGUUCCCGGGGCGAGGCUGUACUCUCUACUUGGGCUCAGGAGCCCAGCUUCAGGAGGCUGAGGGGCAGUGCCAGCCUGGCGGCCUCCCAGCUUCCCCCACCCAGGCAUCACCCUGUAGCCUUGGAGACCUGGGGGCAGGGGGAGGUCCCGAGCCCCCCAGGUCUGGGUUUUCUGUUAUGUGGGGCUUUGGUGUGUGUUUGGAAGGCAACCCCUUUCUUUGGGAUAUCUCAGGGUCGUUGACACCCCCACACCCCACCCUUUCAGGAGUGGGUGGCAGGAGUGGGGUUUCCUCUCUGCUUUUCCUUCUAGAAGGUUCUGCCCUUCCCGUCUGUCACUGCAGCAGCACAAUCAUUGUGGGAGGGGGACCCCUUGUCCCCGGGCACAGUCGGGCUCCACGCGAGAACCUGGGAGCCCCUGCCCCUUCUCUCCUCCCGCCCCGAACUGCCCCGUGGGCGCCCUGGGCCCACGUGGAGGGGGGGGUGGGGUGGUCUGCAGCGCCUUCUUCCUACCUCAGGUCUGACUCUUGAUGCCAAAACCCAUGCCCGGGCCUGGCCCUCUGCGGCUGGCCCAGGGUCUCCGCAGGGACGUGCACCUGUCCCCUCCACUCCCCCCCCACCCCCGCCCGUGGGGCCCCUCCCCCUGGAAAGCCUGUGCGCCCGCUUUGUUCGUGCGUGUGCCGUGUGUCCACGUGUGUCUUGUGGGUGGUGUGGCCUCCCGGAUGUAACGCAGGGUGUGGCCCGCUGUUCCAGUGGUGACUGUAGGGACAGGUGGGGGCGGGGCUUGGGCGGGGCUCGGGGCCGGGUCCCACCCUCCAGGCCACAGCCGGGGCGGCUGUGGACCUGCGAGCCAGUGGGGCCCUCCCCUGCCUCUGCCUUAGGUGCCCGCGUUCAGCCGCCUGCCACUGCGGUCUCUGGGCUUAGGGAAGGGGAGGCUUUCUGGGGUGCGGAUGGGCACCCCCUUAUGCAAACGCGGGUGGGGAUGGGGGCGGCUGUGUCCUGGCUGGUGCACUGUUCGCUCCAGAGCGGGUGGACCCCAGACUCAGGGCGGAGAGGGGCUCCCUGGGGCUGUCUUGCUGGAGGUGUUGCUUCUAGAAUCUUCCGUGCGCCCACCCCCGAGCUGGGGGCUGGGCUGUCUGGGGGCGGGCAGGCGCGGUAGUCUCCAUUCCUCUGCAUUUGUAAACCCAUUUUCACUGUAUCACUUUUGCCCACUGUCUCCUUUUUUCCCCCUUAACUUUGCUUCUGCGUUUUUUCUUGGCAAACAUGAAUUCAGCCUUUCAUUCCUGACAGAAAUUUCAGUUUCUCUGGGGUUUGUCAGACGGCGUGGGUACCGCGCCAGGGCUCAGGUUAAAGUGAAAAAAACUUCCAAAAAAAAAAAAAAAAAAAAAGGUUUCAAACGACUCUACCUCUGGCCGGGCCCGGCCUGUCGCGCCCUGGUAAGACUUCAGUGUUUGCAGAACAUUCAGGUAUUAAAAGGGAAAAAAAAAAAAAAAAAGAUAAAA